AUGAGUCUGCCUUCCAAGGACGAGGCCGUCGCCGACUCGGAUUCUCAGCUGCAUCCACAGCAUAACAACUUGCAGCCUCCUUCUGCCGAUCCAAUUCGAUCGCCCACUUCUCAUGCUCGCGAUUCAUUCAGCGCAAGCAGUAUACCCUCUCACAAUUCGGAUAUCUACAUCAACAGCUACUACUAUGGCAACACCGACAUGCCAGAUCUGGCGGCAGCCACGUCCAACGCCCCACUCCCAGCUUGGACAUCCGCUUUUGCACACAGCCCAAUCAACUCACCAGGCAUCUCUCAAGGCUUCUCUCCAGGCUUCUCGCCAGGCUUUUCCAAUUCCAAUGACGAGCGACUCUUCAGGCGACUCAGCUGGAAUAGCGCUCACGACGAACACGGGAACGAAGCGGGUCCGUCAUCCACACAUGCUCGCUCUCAUCAGCGCAACGUCUCUUCCGUCGAUGCAGGCGUCCUCAGAGGUCCACUCGAGCUCUCUCCUCAGCCCCAGUCCGACAGCUUUCCUCCUCCCCGACGCAGCUCAUCCUUACCACUAGGCAAUCAAGCCAUGGCCUUCGCUCAGAGUCGCGAAUCCGAUGCUACGUACACCACUGAAGAUGACAGAGCCUUUCUUACAUUACAUCAUCAGCAUGGCGCGACACACCCACCACCCUCGAUCCGAUACCAAGAGCCAGACGAGCAUCAAUUUCAACGCACUACUUCACCAGACGCAAUCGAAGAAGCAGAUCAUGCCACCAGACUCAAGUCCAGCGCAGACAUAUACGCCCCCUCCAAUCUAGACAGGGCCAAGUCCGGUCUCAACCGUUUCAGCAAGUCGAUUCGCAGAAUGAGCCGUCGCGUCGUCCAUCAUCAAAACCAAGGUCACGUCCCGCUCACGGAUCAAGAAGCAGAAGAGAGUGACUCAUCCGGCACCGCUCACCCCCCUCGACACCCAACGACGACUAUACUUGAUGGCAUCAGUCCUAGUACCCACCAACUCCAGCUACUCAGGGGUAAGAGUUUGGGCGUAUGGGGUCCCAAUAGUCGCCUGCGCAAGUCGCUCGCCAAUCUCUUGGCCCAAUGGUGGAUGGAGCCGCUCAUCUUGCUACUGAUCCUCGCCAACACCGUCACGUUGGUGGUGCAGUCCGCCCAGAGCGUCUACACGCAUCCUCGGCCAGCUCACUACUUUGGCGACGUGACCGACUUCAUCCUGCUCGUCAUUUUCGCUCUCUACUCUGUCGAGAUCGUAGCCCGUAUCGUCGUCUCGGGUCUCAUCAUAAAUCCGCCUCCGCUCUACGCUGCUCCCAUCCCAGUGGCCCAACACGACCAGCCAGAUCCAGAUUCGACCGAAUCAAAGCACGAAGUCCCCAACCUUUCCUACCACAGAAAGCAAAUGUCCAGAUCCAACACGCUCGACACGCUCGGCUUCUUUGGCGACAAGGUCAAGCACAAAGCACAGCGAGUGCUGGCUGGAGAACAGGCUUUCACCGCUUCCCGGUCAGAUCCGCAGCGUCGCUCACCCAGCCCCAUCCGAGGCAGCACCAACACAGGGAAACACGAGCGAGACACGUCUAUUCCAGAUACCCAAAUCCGCCAUCCUGGCCGACGUCUCAAUCAGAGCGAAACCAGCAUGUUUCUCUCCGAAUCCACCACGCGCUCCUUUUGGUACAACGCCAAGACUCCUUUUGCUGAAGCCUUUGAACGCCAGCGUGUUCAGGCAGUCCACCAUGCUUUCCUGCGCCACUCGUGGAAUCGCGUCGACUUUGUCGCCGUCGUCGCCUUUUGGAUCACCUUUGCCCUCGCGCUAGGCGGCCAAGAGUCGACCAACAAUCACCACAUUUAUAUCUUCCGAGCUCUCAGCGUGCUUCGUUGCGCCCGACUGCUCACCGCCACCAGCGGCACCACCACCAUCUUGCAGUCUCUCAAAUCGUCUGCCUUCAUUUUGCUCAGCGUCACCUUUUUCACAGGUUUUGCCAUGCUUCUCUUUGGCAUUAUUGGCAUUCAGAGCUUCGAAGGUUCUUACCGCAGAAACUGUAUAUGGGUCGGUGAUCUCAACGGUCAGCCGGGUAGCAACAAUACUCUCACCCAGCUGUGCGGAGGCUACAUCAGCUCCACCACCGGUCAAAAGCUUGGACAUGUUCUCGUCGAUGGCACUCCUUCUGCUACCCUGCCUAAAGGGUUUAUCUGCCCGCGAGGUCAAGUGUGUCAGGAGCAAUCCACAAAUCCAGAGUCCAACACGCAGUCUUUCGACAACAUUCUCACCUCGCUCCUCGAAGUCGUCAUCGUCAUCUCGUCCAACAAUUGGUCCCAGACCAUGUACGACAUGAUCGACGCAGACUACUACGCUUCCUGCCUUUACUUUAUCAUCGGUAUCAUCAUCCUCAACUUUUGGCUCGCCAACUUGUUCGUCGCGGUCAUCACCAAUAGCUUUGCUACCCUCACGGCACGCACCCACCGCAGUGCUUUUGCCGACCAAAAGUUGGAGGACAAAUCUGCUGACGACGAAAAGCAGCCCUUGGCCAAAGGAAGACUCAAAAGCCUUGCUGUCGGAUUCAAGCGCGUAUGGGGCUACACAAAGUAUCUUUGGAUCCUUGCCAUCAUCUUCGACGUUGCUUCUCAGGCAUCCCGAGCCACCUAUCUCCCGCCUGCAGAGCUGCAGAAGCGAUCCGACAUCGAGCUUUACUUUACUCUCGCAUUCGACUUUGAGAUUUCGAUGCGCUUUCUUGCUUUCGUGCUCGACGGUGAUUGGCGUGGCUUUCUCGCCUCGAAGCAGAAUCGCGCCGAUUUCUUCUUGGCUUUGGUCACCAGCAUCAUCCAGAUCCCCGCCAUCAAGCACUCGCAAGUCUACCCGUGGCUCACCUUCUUCCAGCUCGCCCGAUUCUACCGUGUUAUCGCGGCUAUCCCACGAAUGCGUGUUCUGCUUGUCCGUGCCUUUGGCUUGCUCAACAAGAUGCUCAACAUGGUUCUCUUCCUCUUGCUCAUGGUCGGUCUCGCUUCCUUGAUCGCCACCCAGCUGUUUCGCGGAGACGUUCCGCAGGAGAGCGAGGGUCAGUGGACAGAGAUGACGUUCAAGCACUCUUACAACUCGUUCCUCGCCAUGUACCAGAUUUUCACCUCGGAAAACUGGACCGAUGUGCUCUUCAGCGCCACCUCAAACGAGGUCGAGUUCAAGCAGGCCGUCAUUGCCGCUAUCUUCCUCUCUGGUUGGUUUCUUUUCGCCAACUUUAUCGUACUGCAGAUGUUCAUUGCCGUCAUCAACGAGAAUUUCGGCGUCGCCGAGCAUGAAAAGCGCCAGCAGCAGUUGGAACAGUAUCUGCGUCGCAACGAGCCGCCGCCCUUGUCGUUCACUGCUCGUCUGCUCAACAAACUCAGUCCCUAUCGAUGGCUCAAGCGACGCAACGCUGCUCUCGCUGGAUCUGUGCCUUCGGAACACGGCCGGAGCGACCAUGGUGGCAGCGCCAGCGGUCAGACAAGCAAAAUUGUCGGUGGGUCGAGAUCGGAUCAACGCGCGGAACAGGAAAAAAAGCCGCGACCCAUGUCCAUCCAUCAUGUGGUGGACAGCUCGACGGCCACGGCACAUCGCACGGUACAGACUGUGAGGAAGAUGCUGCGUCUUGAUCAGCCGGACGAGGUGGUACCGCUUGACAAUCUCCACGCCCGCAGAUUACGCAGCAGUAUGGAUGCAGACGGUUUGCUCAAUUCUGCCGGUCAAAGCUCCGUCUACGACGCCGACCCGUCCGACCAAGCAGCUUAUCUGUUUGCUAGCGAGCGCAGGCUGCAGAGGAUGAGAUCGGACCUCGGGCUGGCUUCGCAAGGUGGGGCGGGCAAUGCUUCCAACGCAUUCUCACCCCGCUCUUACAGCGAUGCCCGCAUCCAGCAAGCUCGCUUCAUCGCCACCCAUCCAUCGUACGACAAGUCGUACUUUCUUUUCUCGAAUCACAACCGAUUCCGUCGCUUCUGUCAGAGUUUGGUACCCUCUUCUCAUGGAGAGCGUCUCUUCGGCAGACCCGUUUCGCCGUUUCGACACAAGCUCUUCCAGAUCGCUGUGUUUCUUGGUAUUGUCGGUUCGGUGGUGUCUGCAGCCAUUGCUACGCCUGUCUAUCGACGCGACUACUAUGCCAAGUACGGUCUCAUCCGUGCUUCGUGGUUCUCAAUUCUCGAGAUCAGUCUCUCGUCGCUGUUCUUGACGGAAUUCCUCGUCAAAACCAUUGCCGAUGGUCUCGCCUUCACACCUAAUGCGUAUGCGCUCAGCAUCUGGAACUCGCUUGAUCUCUUCGUUCUGACGACGCUGCUGGUCAACGUCAUCACCGAGCUUGCCGUGAUUGGAGGUGUCUCCAGAUUCACGCGAGCUUUGAAAGCCUUCCGUGCGCUGCGGCUCAUCAACCUGUCGUCGCUCAUGCGUGACACGUUCCACGCCGUCAUGAUCGCGGGUGCAGGACGUAUCCUCGACGCUUCCAUCCUGUCGAUUCUCUACAUCAUCCCGUACGCUGUGUGGGGUCAGAAUCUGUUUGCAGGCUUGCUCUAUUCGUGCAACGACGGAUCCAACGCCAUCCAGACCAAGUUUGACUGUUCCGGGGAGUAUCUCAGCUCGCCGGGCAACUUUAACUUUCUGGCUCCUCGCGUGUGGAGCAACCCAACUGAAGGCAGUGUCUACUCUUUCGACGACUUCAAAGGGGCGAUGCUGAUCCUGUUCGAGAUUAUAUCGCUCGAAGGCUGGAUCGACGUCAUGACGACCGCUAUGAGCGUGGCAGGUAAGGAUCAGCAGCUCCAGAACGACAAUCGACAGGUCAACGCGUUGUUCUUCCUCAUCUACAACUUGGUCGGUAGUACUACAGUCUUGACGCUGUUCGUGUCGGUCAUCAUCGAAAACUUCCAGACCUUCUCUGGAGCUGCUUUCCAGACGGCGGGACAGAGACAGUGGGUGGAUCUGCGUAGAUUGAUCUUACGUCAACGACCAUCGAAACGGCCCAAGCGUCGGCCGUCGCAGGCGAUGCGCGCGUGGUGCUACGACCGCAUGCUCAACAAGAACGGCUGGUGGAGUCGCACCAUGACCUUGGUCUAUCUGGCAACGCUCGUGACGCUCAUGACGCAGCAGUACUCGGAUCCUGCGUGGGCCAACCAGCUUCGCGACGCGCUCUAUUUGGGCUACACCGCAAUCUACGCUUUAGAUAUCAUCGCGCGUCUGCUGGGUCUGGGAUGGCGGAGCUACAGGGAGAAUCCGUGGAACCUAUACGACCUGUUUGUCGUGACAGGUACGCUGGCUACGACGCUUCCGCUUCUGACCAACAGUGGCGACAGCGGAGUGGUGCUUCAGUUCCAGAAACUGUUCUUGACGUGUGUGGCGCUCAAGCUGGUGCAGAAGAAUCACUCGCUCAACCAGCUCUUCAAGACGGCGUUUGCCUCGUUACCCGCUAUCCUCAGUCUUUUCCUGCUUUGGCUCACCAUGUUUUUGGUGUGGGCGAUCAUGCUGCUCGAGGUGUUUGGCCUGACGAAGUGGGGUCCCAACGAGACGCAUUCGAAGAACUUUUCGACCUUUAUUGGGUCGAUGGUUUUCCUCAGUAUGAUUUCGACGGGCGAAGGAUGGAACUCGUUCAUGCAUGACUAUACGAUUUCGCCACCACAGUGCACGCCCGCCGCGAGCUAUCUGAUGACCGACUGCGGAAGCCAACCCUGGGCGUACGCGCUAUUUAUCGGAUGGAACGUCAUCUCGAUGUACAUCUUCCUCAACAUGUUUACAGGUACCGUCGUCGAGAACUUCUCGUACAUUUUCGACUUGGGAAGUAAAGCCAUCCUUACUCCGGCGGACAUUCGACACUUCAAGAGCAGCUGGGCGAGGCUGGAUCGCAACAGGAAAGGGUAUAUCCAGAAGGACCAAAUUGUGCCUUUCCUUGCGAGUGUCAAAGGUGCGCUAGAGGUCGGGCUGUAUCCGCCUGAAUGUAGCUUGCGCGUGCUCAAGGCGGUGUUAGCGGACGAAGGCGGUGCGAAGAGUCCGACGACGACGGAUGCAAAGGGCAAAGGCGCUUUCGACUUUUUCAGGAGUGCAUCGUCGCCGCUGCGGUCGCCUGUGCGCGAUGGCAAGGAUAAGGAUACGAGUGGGCUGCUUGCCUGGCCGCUGCCGUCGCCGUCAUCGGCAUCGGCAGGAGCACAGAUGCCGCAUGCACCCCGCACCGAAGCCGAAAGGCUCGCUCGCGCUCUGGCCGCAGUCGACGCGAACGAACUCCGCAUGCGUAGACGUCGCUUCGAAAGACUAUACCACGAAGCGAUCAUGCUGAUGCAUCCUCGCAAAGGCAUUUCAUUCACCGACAUGUUCUUGCUGCUCGCUCGCACCAAGCUCGUCGACGAAAUCGAAGCAUUGAAUGUCGAAGAGCUGAUCGAGCGGAAGGAGGUGCAGGAGCAGAUCGAGCAUCGCAUUCGGCUGGAUCGGGUGAAGGGCUUGCUGCAAGUGGGGUAUUGGCGACGCAGGUUCCUCGCGUUGAGGGACGAGAUGCAUAAGGAGCAGGAAGGGGAGGCGCUGCCGACAAUUCUUGUGCACGAGAGUCCCAGAAGGCCAUCGUCGUCGUCUCGGCCCGUGUUGGCUGCGCUGGAUAUUCCUGAAUCUGGCUCCGGCUCGUCGAUGGGUGGAGUGAAGCCGAGUCUGACAUUGACUCCGACACAACCGUCGUUGCAUGAGUUGGAGUUGCGCGCUUCGCCCGUCAUCGAGUCGUUUGAGGCGACGGCGUGGGGGGAUCUGAUGAAGCGGAUCGAUGGACAGGAGUCGGGUCACGGUCAUGAGCCUGCAGGGUCGAGUAGCGGGCAGCAGCAGCAGCAGAGGACGGACAGACGGAGGUCGAGGAGCCAAGAUGGGUCGCGCGAGGGAUGA